AAGGAAGGGUUCACAGUGUCACACAGCCUUCUGUGGGGGGCAACACUGGGAAUUCGGUGGGGGCUAUAAGUUGGAAAUCCACAUGGAUUUCUUAUUUCUUAACAUUCCUGGUUUUUCUUGGUCCAUGGACACCCCUUUCUGCAUUCCUGGGGAGGGAUGUGGCUGUGAGCUGGGAUGGAGGGGAUGGGGGCACAAAGGGGUGCACUGGGUGGAAAAUGGGAUUGCAGGAAUCAGUGUGAAGCCCUGGGAUGGGAAUAUGAGGCCCUGGAGCUUCAUCCUGGCGUGACAAUUUUGGGGGGGUCCUGAAUUGGAGUGGGGUGUGUCCCGUCCGUGUCCAGGGUGGGGGUGGUGCCACAGGGAAAGUGGGGACUAGCAGGAAUUUCGGGGUGUGGCCGGUGCCAGGCAGGCACGGGGUCAUGGGGCAGGAGGGCUCUGCCCUCGCCAUUCCCGGGUUAAUGAUUUCCAAGGAAUCCUCGAGCGUCUCCCUCUGCAGAGCCCACGGCCCAGGUUUGCCCGGCGGGGUAAGAGAAGGGGAAGAAGCUCGGGCCCUUGGGGGCCGAUUUCCUGGUGGGACGGCUGUGGGAGAGCCACGUGUCUCCUCCCCGGGCUGGACGGGGGCCAACAUCCCUGUUCCCAGCCUGCCGUGCUGCCCGGAGAGGGAGCGGGGUGCGCGCAGGACUGGGGGCUUGGAGCCCCUGGAUCCCACCCUGCUCCAGCUCCGGGGUGGGGAGGGGGAUAAGCGGGGGGGACAGAGGGUGCUGGGAAUGGCUGGGCUGGGAGACACAUGGAAAAGGGGUGUCCCGGCUGCUGGGUGCACCAUGGUGGAGGUGACAGUGACACCGCAGUCCUCGCUGGCCGACCGGCCGGUGCAGAUCCGUGUGCGGGGACUGUCCCCAUCCCAACUUGUCACCCUCCGGGCAUGGCUGAAGGACGAGCAGGGCGAGUGCUUCCAAUCCCGCGCCUUUUUCCGCGCUGACGGAGCGGGAGAGGUGGAUCCCGGGCUCCAUGCCGCCCUGGGGGGCAGCUACUCCGGGGUCUGGCCCAUGGGGCUCUUCUGGUUCCUGCAGCCCGACACCCUUUUCCGCCGGCUGGUCAAGCGGGAUGUGGCCGGCAGCCCCUUCCGCGUCCGGCUGGAAGUGUUCGACGGGCUCAGCCUGGGCACGGAUCUGCGGGAGCAGCCGCUGGGAUCCUGCGAGGCCGAGCGCUGGUACGUGGGCCCCGGAGUGCAGCGGGUGCCCAUCCGCGAGGGAAGGGUCCGUGGCGCCCUGUUCCUGCCUCCUGGUCCGGGCCCCUUCCCCGGGGUCAUCGACCUGUUUGGGGGCGCCGGGGGGCUGAUUGAGUUCCGGGCAGGGCUCUUGGCCAGCCGGGGCUUUGCCGUGCUGGCCCUCGCCUUCUUCGCCUACGACGACCUGCCCCGAGUCCUGGCACAGCUGGACCUGGAAUACUUCGAAGAAGCGGCAGAGCUGCUCCUCCGGCAUCCCAAGGUCCGAGGCCCCGGCCUGGGCGUGGUGGGAGUCUCCAAAGGUGCGGAGGUGGCCUUGGCCAUGGCCACCUUCCUGCCACAGGUGGUGGCCACGGUGUGGAUCAACGGUACGAGCUUCCUGUAUGGAAACCCGCUGGUCUAUAAGGAGCUGCGCAUCCCUGCCAUUCCCUACUACACCGAGCGCGUCCUGUUCACCGAGGUGGGAGCCAUGGACAACUCGGCCAUCUUCACCGACCCCCGGGAUCCCGCCCGCCAGGCCUCGGCCAUCCCGGUGGAGAAGAUCCGGGGAAAGGUACUGUUUGUGGUGGGAGAGGCCGACCGCAGCUUCAACAGCAAGCUCUUCGCCGAGCUGGCCCUGGCGCGGAUGCCGCCGGAGAGCGGCCGGAUCCUGUCCUAUCCCGGUGCCGGGCACCUGAUCGAGCCCCCCGGAUCCCCCCUGUGCAGCAACUCCAGCAUCCGGGGCACUCCCAAGCCGGUGGCGUGGGGGGGAGAGCUCCAGCCCCAUGCCCGGGCCCAGGAACAUUCCUGGCAGGAGAUCCUGCAGUUCUUGGAGCUCCAUCUGGGGUCGGUUGCUGCCAUGAAGCUGUGAGGGGUGGGGAAAAGGAGUUGUGGUCACCGGGAUUGUCACUGCGGGGAAUAAAGUGUCACCACUGA